AUGAAUCUUCUACUCGAGGCCGGCGCCAAGGUUGACGAGCCUCCUUACCACAUAUAUGGCGCUACUGCCCUACAACUUGCCGCCAUCAAGGGGUAUCUGGGGAUCGCAAGGCACUUAACAGACCUCGGCGCCGACAUCAACGCCAGAGGAGCAGAGAUCCACGGCCGCACGGCGCUAGAAAGCGCGGCGGAACAUGGGAGGCUCGAGAUGGUCCAGCUACUGCUGUGUAGAGGCGCGGAAACAACUGGUGCAUGGCGGCAUCAGCAUAUCCGGUCGAUUGCUUUUGCGAAAAUAGGAGAAAACUUGGUUGUCGAGUCGCUGCUCAGAGAUUAUCGGGAGUGGACGAAGACGAAGACAUGUGGUGCGAGGGCGACCUGCUGA